CGAGAAUAACGCUCAUGGGGCGCUGAAAGAGGGUCUGAAAGAGAAUGAGUUAGGAUGACUUCGUCUACUGUGGCCUAAGUUAGCGGUCCCGACAGAUAUAUGAAGUUGCCUCUUCAUUGAGUUGAUAUUCUAGAAGAAUGUACCGGGCACUGGACCAUAUAGACUAUGACCAUCUUCAAAUCAAUGACAAAACAUCAAAGGGAGACAACCCUACAAACCAGCCUCGCUCCCUACUGCAGAUAAGCUGUAAGGUCCUGAAUGAGUAUCCUCCCCUGGCUGAGCUAACCAUCACAUCAGUUCCUGUUCAUCUAGCACCAGUAUUACUGAAAGCUGCUGUUGAUAAUGUACAACCACAAGCAGUCGGUAGCCUCAUUGCUAGCUGGCCUCUUCCAUGUCUUUGUUUUCGUGAGAUACUUUGCCACAAGACCUAUGCAGAUAUAUUCCAGGAAGAAAUGGGAUUUGACUUGGUUGUGUUCCGUGGCGUCUUAGGAAGGACAAAGGCUUGUAAAAUGAAAUGCCUGGAUUUUAGAGGAUUCAAACUCAACACGACCUUCAGCAAGCUGAUCAUCCAGAUGUGGCCAGUCCUGUCUCUCAAGAAAUCACAGCUCAACCUUAAACGCCUGGCCAAAGUCAUUUCCAAGACAGCCGGUGUUGAGGCCACUAGACUGACCGAAGAAGUCUUGCCAAAGUUGCUGAAUGAAAUCCUAGGCCACAAGAUGAUCAAGUAUUCCAAUGUCCUGAUUUUCAGUGUUGGAUGGAAAACUGGCAUAAUAUGCUUUAAGAUCCAUGGCAAACGGUGUAUGUUGUGUUGCAGGUCAGAACUGAUGGUUGGAGAUGAGAUCAUGGACUCCUUGGCUCCAUUCAUUGUCCUCCGAGGCCAGGAUGUAGAGACCCUGGAAGGAAUAUCUCUCCGACAACUUGAAGAAAAUGUGUUCUUCAUUAUUGCACCAGAUUUAAAAAAGUUUGCCAAUUUGAGCUCACUUGAUCUACAAGAUUGUAAUAUAUACCUUCAUGAGGGGAAAACACGAAGCUGUACCACUGGCAGACAGCAAAUUGUAAACACACUCCAUUGCUUUGAACAUCUGGUGAGAUUAGACAUUGGCUUCAACUACAUUGUAGGUUGUUUAGGGGAGGUGUUGGAUGCUCUCCAAAGACCCUUGGAAUAUCUCAGUAUUAGGGGCUGUGACAUUAAUGAAGAAGAUCUGGACUCUCUGGCCAAGUCCAAACACGCCCCUCAUCUACGGGAACUAAAUGUCAGCAAACUGUGUCAGUUCAUGAUCUUUGAUACAAGGAGAAUAGCUCCUUCCUAUCUCCUGAAGAUUCUCAAACAAUUCCCACAACUAACAAUCCUUAAUUUGUCCCAGAACCACUUAUCAGACUCCUCGGUGCCUGAGUUUUGCCACACUCUGACGAGGACUUUAAGAAAGUUGAAAAUGUUGGACAUCUCAGCAAAUGUGCUUACAUCAGAGAACCAGCUAGACAUUACACGGGCUUGUGCUAACAUUAGGAGUAUGCAAAAACUGAAGUUAACUUGUGUGUCCGGGCUUGUGGAAGAAGCUGAACAGCCCCUGAACAUGGACAACAACUGUGAAAUGAAACAGAAGCUGGUGAAACUGUUGGACGCCAUGGGGCGUGGGGAUGUAGUCAUUGAGGUGGUGAAACUCUCACAGGCAAUAUUUGUGGACUUUGUAGACUUCAUGGACAUUCUCAGGUGAAAUCUGCAUCUAACUCAGGUGCUGUGUUCGUUCUCAGGUUAUUCUCCAUAGAUGUGAAAGAAACAUGUUCUAAAUGUGUUCUAAACAUGUUCUAAACAUGUUCUAAAUGACAAAGUGAAGAUGAUGUUAGGAUGGCUAAGCUAGGAUGUCAGUUGACCCUUGUUAGGCAUGUCUAGUGGAACUGUUCCAUCCACUGAACCAUUGUGUGAUGUCUAUCAUACUUGUUAGUCUUUUCCCAAAGAAACAAGCUUGUGCCAUAACCAUUCAGCGACAUUCAAAUGUCCAUCUAUACUACUCAAAAGAAGUUAGCUUACAUCUGAUUCUUGGUUAUAUGAAAGAACUGCGUGUUCUCUAACUGCGUUUGAGUGGUAUACCUUGUAUUUGCUCAAUCAGGCUUUCAUUGAAACAUGUGCCGAACAUGUGAUAAGAAUUCCGUUUAUUCUGAAUAUACAAGUUUUAAUCAUGUGUGUUCUGCACUCUUAGUGAACAUGUCAUACAUAUCACUCUUGUUUACUGUUAGGUAUACAGUUUAAAAAUCCAAUUUGUUCCCUAAAAGUGAGGGGGUUCUCUUUCAUCUAAAAUAACAUACGUGUAUUAUCUAAAAGAGCUACAGCUAUGGUAUGCUUGUCAGACUGGCAACAUUAAAAGGUAAAACU